AUGUAUUUAGAAGUUAUUGAAUGCUUACACCAAGUCAAUAGAUCAAUAUAUGGUUUCCCAGCCAUUGUGGUUUUCAUUGCAUCAAAUGUCGCUGAAAUCAUUACCAUAAAAGCUCAUCCGGAAAUUUAUGAAUUAACGUCUUUAAUAUGUCUCUGCUGUUAUGAAAUAACUUUUAUUGGAACAUUCUUCUUUUGUAUUUGGCGCAUAUUUUUCGAUUAUCCACUAUCCAUGGUAUUGACUGAACUUGAAUCAAUUCACGAAAAAUUGAUACGUCUGAAUGUAAAACUGCUGAUGAAAAUAACAUAUAUGAAUUGGAUUCCUAUAGUUAUAAUGAUUGUAAAUGUGAUGGCAGGGAUUAUAGCUACAACUAUAUGGAUAAUAAUGCAUACACAUUUACUUGAAAUAAAAGAAAUGGUCAUGAUAAUGGUUUUAAAAACUUGCCAAUGCUUUGUUCUUUUUGAAUAUAUACUACUAAUAACAUACAUAAAGUGGAUGGUCUACAUGAUAAAUGAAAAAAUUCCGGAAAGACGAUCUUGUUUAAGUACCUACAGAGACAUGUAUUUGGAAGUUACAGAAUGCUUACAUCAAGUCAAUAGAUCAAUAUAUGGUGUGCCGGCCAUUGUUGUUUUUAUUGCAACAAAUGUUGCUGAAAUUAUUCUUGCCAUAUAUAACAAUUUAUUAUUCCCUAGAGACUAUGACAAUAAUACUUUUUCGGUAGUUACUUUCAUAUGGAUGUUGACGAGAACAGUCAAUAUUCUAACCUUAUACACGAUUGGUGACUCUACGGAAAAAGAGGUAAAUCGGAUGAGUUUUGUCUUACAUCAACGAUCCUUAAUAGAAAGAAACCCUAGAAUUAAACGUCAGAUCAAGUUUUUUUCACUACGCAGAUUACACGAACACUACUAUUUUGAGCUGUAUGGAAUGUUUCAUAUUAAUAUAAGACAACUAUUUAGUUUAUUAAACAAAGCAAUUGGUUAUUUAGUAAUACAAAUUUUGUUCAAAUUGAAUAAAUAA